GGCUGGCCCACUUGUCUGAACCCAGCGAAGUGGCUGAGGGAAGUCAUGGUAUUCGCUCCAGGUGAGAAGCCUGGGACUGAGCCAGAGGAGGUGAAGCUUCAGCAUGCCAGCAAGCAGAUUGUACAGAACGCCAUCCUGCGAGCCAUGCAGCAAGUCUCCCAGGAGAGCCUGCGGAGGGAAGGCAGACCCGGUGACAGCCGGGCCAGGGGCCAGCUGGGAGGGUGCGAGCUGAUCAAGAAGCACGAGAAGAAGUAAUAGGUGCUGGGUCUGGCUCUUGUCAUCUUGGUUUCUGCCUUUUCUGGUAGUGUAGGACAUGCCACCAGAUGUUGCCAAGAAGCAAACCAAAGUGUCAUGGACGCCCAUCAGUAGGAUGAGUUCAUGCUAGUCUUUGUGACGAGCUGUGGUUUGCAAACCUGCAUUAGGGACUCUUCAUAUCUGUGGGGAGACUCUGGGAGCAGCUGAGCCAGAUGUGACUCUCACACCACAGACGUCAUU